GCAUUCUGGGAGCGGAAGCGGCGCGGGCGGCAGCAUGGCGGGCACCGGGCGGAGGAGCCUGGCGGAGCUGAGCGUGGACGAGUUCCUCACGGCCGGCUUCGAGUCGGAGCCCGACGGCGACGAGGAGGAGCAGGAGGAGGCGAGGCCGAAGCCGAAGCAGCGGGAGCGGCCCCGGCCUCAGGCGGCCGCCAGGAAGAAGGGGAAGGCGUCUGAGCACAAAGACCAGCUCUCCCGGCUGAAGGAAAAGGAUCCUGACUUUUACAAGUUUUUGGAAGAAAACGACCGCACUCUGCUGAACUUUGAUGCUUCAGACAGCUCUGAUGAGGAGGACGAGAGGUUGCACGUACCCCCUCAUACACUGGAGGAAGCAAGUGAUGAAGAUGAAGAAGAUGAAGACGAAGAUGAAGAAGAACGUAAAACAGCCAAAUGUAAGAAAGCCGAUACCAUUCCUGUGAGCUUGAAGAUGGUUGAAGAAUGGAAGAAAGCUGCAGAGAGACGGCUAACACCAAGACUUUUCCAUGAAAUCACUCAAGCAUUCAAAGCAGCUGUAGCAACUACCAAAGGAGAUAAUGGUGGGGCUGACCCUAGCAAGUAUCAAGUCGUUGAUGCUGCAGUGUUCAAUGCCCUUGUGUCCUUCUGUGUCCGGGACCUCUUCAACUGCCUGCAAGAGCUGCUGCUUAUAAAAGCCCCGAAGAACAAACAAAAAAUGGUCCUCCCUUCCAGCAGCCCAAUCUGGAGCAAGCUGCGACUGGACGUAAGAAUGUACCUGACCUGUACAAUCCAACUCCUGUCUUGUUUAACAGAAGCCUCUGUUGGAGCAGCAGUCCUUCAGCAUGUCAGUGCCAUAGUGCCUUAUUAUCUGAGCUUCCCAAAGCAGUGCCGCAUGCUUCUCAAGCGAGCAGUUCAUUUGUGGAGCACGGGCGAGGAAACCGUGAGAGUACUGGCCUUCCUCGUGCUGAACAAGAUCUGCCGCCAGAAGAAAGACGUGUACCUGCAUACCUUGCUGAAGCAAAUGUACAUCUCCUUCGUGAAGAACUCAAGAUUUACUUCUCCCAACGUGCUGCCCAUGAUCAACUUCAUGCAGCGGACGCUGACGGAGAUGUAUGCCCUGGACACCCAGAUCUCCUACCAGCAUGCCUUCAUCUAUAUCCGGCAGCUCGCCAUUCACUUGCGCAGUGCUAUGACCAUAAAGAAGAAGGAGAACUUCCAGUCUGUCUACAACUGGCAGUACGUCCACUGCCUCUAUUUCUGGUGUCGGGUUCUCAGCACGAUCUACCCCAGCGAGGUGAUGGAGCCCUUGAUCUAUCCUCUGACCCAGGUCAUCAUUGGCUGUAUAAAGCUGGUACCCACUGCUCGGUUCUACCCGCUGCGCAUGCACUGCAUCCGUGCCCUUACGCUGCUGUCCGAGAACACCAGGACCUUCAUCCCGGUGCUGCCAUUUAUCCUGGAGAUUUUCCAGCAAGUGGAUUUCAACAAGAGGCCAGGACGCAUGAGUGCUAAGCCUAUAAACUUCGCGGUGAUCCUGAAGCUUUCCAAUGCCAACCUGCAGGAGAAAGCCUUCCGAGAUGGACUCAUUGAACAGCUCUAUGACCUGAUUCUUGAGUAUCUCCACUGCCAAGCCCACAGCAUUGGGUUCCCAGAGUUGGUUCUCCCCACUGUCAUCCAGCUAAAAUCGUUCCUGAAGGAAUGCAAGAUUGCCAACUACUGCAAGCCUAUCCGGCAGCUCCUGGAGAAACUGCAGGAAAAUUCUGCCUACAUCGCCAGCAGGCGUCAGAAAGCUACCUUCGGUGUGGCCAGCAGGGAGUCUGUGGAGCAGUGGGAGAAGCAGGUCAAAGAGGAGGGGACGCCUCUGACGAAGUACUACGCUCAGUGGAAGAAGCUGAGAGAGAAGGAGAUUCAGCUGGAAAUCACUGGCAAAGAAAGACUCGAAGACUUGAACUUCCCAGAAAUCAAACGUAAGAAGCAAGAGGAAAGGAAGGAGGAAGAUAAGAAGGAAUUCAAGGAGCUGUUUGAGCUGGACACUGACUCCGAUGAGGAGAACACUGGGAUUGCUGUAAAAGGGAAAUCCAAAGCCAAAGCGGCAUCGGAUGACAGCUCCGAAGCAAGCAGCAAGGAGGACUUCGGUGAGGACGAUGAUGAUGAAGAGGGAGAGUACGAAGUCGAGGAGGACGAGGAAGAUUUGGAAGACGACGGCGACUCCGAUGAGGACGACAGCACGGAGGGCAAGCAGAAGCAGAGGCCCGGCCCCCGGGGGCUGUCACGGGCUGACCUCCAGCAGCUGGCCCAAGGCGACGAGGACGUUGUGGAGGACCUGGCGUUCUCCGAUGAGGACUGAGCACCUCUUGGCCCUUACAGCCCCGCUGGACCCCCCCCCCCAGCUGGUCUCCAGGAGGUGGUAAGGGGGGGACCCAGCCCCAGGUGCCACCAAGGACUGUUACGGUGACCCGACAAAGCAGCUGCUUGGACUUUUCAAGCUUUUUCUACUGACUAUAUAUUUUUGGUAACGUUUUUGGGCACUUCAAAGCCGGUAAAACUUCUCAGCGUAGGUAAUAAAAAGCCCUCAUUAAAA